AUGCACUUCUCCACUCCCUUCUCACUCUCCCUCGCUGCCCUCGCAACCACCGCUUCAGCUGCAAGCUGCACCAUCGACGGCAGCGCCGCAGCGUACCAUUGGGAAGUCCGAGCCAGCGGCGUCUACGGCAUCCCUGGCUGGUGCGGCGGACUCUGGGACAAUCUGAACAGAUGGGGCGGACUGUGCAAUCCGUCUUAUCCGUAUUGUAAUGGGCAGGAUGGCGAGAUGGUGUGGAGGUUUACGACGAGUGUUGGGUGUAUGAGGGGGCAUGUUGAGUCGGUUUGGUGGGAGGCAACGAAGAAUGAGUUUGGGGCUAUCACUUGUGUGGAUGCGCCGGAGAAGAGGGAGGUGUUGGAUGCGCCUGAGAAGAAGAAGAGGGAGGAGUUUAAGGCUUAA